GACAGAAAGUAAUCGUGAAAGAAGCCAGUGGGAAGGUGUUCCUGCAAUGUGUGGGCAGCCAAAGUGAAGUCAUAUGGAAGAAAGACGAGACUGAGAUAGGAAACACAACACAGCUGGACUUGGGUGCAAUUUACGAUGAUCCCAGAGGCAUCUAUACAUGCGCAAUGGGCGGAAAGUCAAGUGUCCCUCUCCAGGUGCACUAUCGAAUGUGCCAGAACUGCAUUGAAGUGGACGCUCCCACCAUCUCGGGGAUCGUGGUCGCAGACGUCGUGGCCACCGUCUUCCUGGCAGUUGCUGUGUAUUGCAUCACCGGCCAGGACAAGGGACGCAUGUCACGAGCUUCUGACAGGCAGAACCUGAUUGCCAACGAGCAGCUCUACCAGCCCCUUGGCGAGCGGGACGAUGGACAGUACAGCCGGCUGGCACCUGUCAAGGCCCGCAAGUGA